ACUGUUCACGCGCAGUACUGAGUCCGUCGGGGUUAUCGUCUAUUGGGCUAGUCGUUAUUUAGCCAACUACUCACGGCAAGGACAUACACAUUUUUUUUACACGAGUGGACAGCUGAAAGUUCUUUUAACUUCGUGGACUUUUACGGAUCGACCACAUUUUGACGGGUGGUUUUCUCCUCGGAGCCCUGAAUGACACCAGAUCAGGUGGAUUAACCCUGAGCAGUGCCGUCUGUGGAGCUGUCAUCGUGCUGUCACCCUGACCUACUGGAGGAGGGCAAAUGAGGUUGCCGUGGAAACUGGGCCUGACUCUCCUGUUGGCCCUGAACUCUAGAGCCACGGGUCAAGACAUCCCCCUGGAAGUGGAACAGCUGCCGACCAUAACCGCUCAGACCUCAGGCUCGGUCAUUGCCUUCCCUCUAGAAGAUACGUUCACCAUGAGAUGCGAGGCCAAGGGCAACCCAACACCAGAAUAUAGAUGGACGAAAGAUGGCCAGGACUUUGAUCCAUCGCAGGACUCCAGGAUAAAGACUGAGGAGGACAGCGGUGGUUUCGUGCUUCAGGGCAAAUACCUCACACAGUUCCAGGGAAGGUAUCGUUGCUAUGCCUACAAUAAGCUGGGAACCGCCAUGUCAGAGGAAACUAAACUCAUCGUCCCCGUUGUCCCCAAGUUCCCUAAGGAGAAGCUCGAGCCCAUCGAGGUGGAUGAGGGCCAGCCGGUGGUCCUGAGAUGCGACCCCCCAGAGGGCUUGCCCCCUCGUCAGAUCUACUGGAUGUCCAUAGGUCUGCAGCACAUUGGCCAAGAUGAGAGGGUUUCCAUGGGCAUCGACGGCAACCUUUACUUCUCUAACGCCGUGGAGAAUGACAGCAGGAAAGACUACUGCUGCUUCGCCGCCUUCUCUGCCAUCAGAACCAUUGUCCAGAAAACAGCCAUGUCCAUGAUCGUCAAGAGUUUGAAACCUGAGAGUGAACUGAAUGACACUGAAGCUGGUGCCACUUCGACACCAGGCAGAAUCCCUAGUCUCCUAACGCCCCCUGGUGUUCAGUCUGAGGUACACUUGGUGAAGGGAGAGGAACUGGAGCUGGAGUGCAUAGCAGAGGGAUUCCCGACUCCCGUGGUGGAAUGGCUGAAAAUGGGCGAGAAGCUGCCGAUGAGGACUAACGUGAAGAACUACGGGAAGCUCCUGACCAUACCGGGCGUGGCGGAGGAGGAUGAAGGGAAGUACAUGUGCAAGGCGAGAAACACCAUUGGCGAGGUCGUGCACUACUUCGAUGUCCUGGUCGAGGAACCUCCAAAUUGGCUCUCGGGAGCUCCUAAAAGCCAGUUGGCUCUUAUCGGGGAAGACGUCCACAUUAAAUGCACCGCUACCGGGAAACCCAAACCAGCCAUUGUGUGGAGGAGGAAUGGCCAGCCUCUGGAUGAAGCCCUUAUCACCCGCAGCCAAGUGUUUGAGGACACUAUAGUUCUCCACAACGCCAGGCCAGAAGACAGUGCUGUUUACCAGUGUGAAGCCUCCAACCAACAUGGCACCAUCCUGGCUAACGCUAACAUCAUGGUUAUGAAUAUUCCCCCUGUUAUCCUGAGCAAGGGCUACCAGGAGUACGGUGCGGUGCGGGGAGGGGACGUGGUGCUGGUCUGCACGGUGUUUGGUUCACCUCCACCAUCUAUCUCCUGGAAAAGGUUGGACAUGGGAACAGCUGUCGAGGGAAGAGAACGCUUCUCUAUUUCCCAGAACGGAUCCCUAACCAUAAACAGAGCAGAGAAAGAUGACAGUGGGGAAUAUGUGUGCCUGGCCACAAAUACCGAGGGAACAUCCGCCAUCACUGCUUCAGUGGAUGUGAAAGAACCUACUAGAAUAGUCCAGCCCCCCCAGGAUUUAGAGAUUCUACGUGGCACCAAUGCAAAACUGGAGUGCCAGGUGGAGUAUGACUUCACCCUGCUGAGGGACUAUAAAUUAGUGUGGACCAAGGAUGGGAAGAGGGUACCCGUGGCCUUCACUGAGGAGUCCAGGUACUUUGUGGAUUAUGGAACGCUGCAUAUCGUCAAUGUGAACCAGAGUGACGAGGGAAGAUACACCUGCACUGCCUUGACCAGUUUAGACCAGGACACCGCCUCGGCAACAGUCACCGUGCUGGAUGUUCCUGAUGCACCGGAGGAUCUGGAGCUGUCUGAACACAAAACCCGGAGCGUCCGUCUGACCUGGGUGCCUGGAAAUGAGCACAACAGCUCAGUGAUCGAGUUUGUUGUGGAGUACGAAGAGAACCAGUGGAUGCCUGGGAAAUGGCGACAGCUACAGAGGGUGCCCGGUAACCAGGCAACGGUGGUUCUGGAGCUCCAGGGUCACCUAAAUUACCAGUUCAGGUUGUACGCCGUCAACGCCAUCGGAGAGGGGCCACCCAGUGCGCCCACGGAGAGAUUCAAAACCUUCCCUGCAGCGCCGGAUAAGAACCCAGAAAACAUCAGAAUCCAAGGCCAUCUGCCUCACCAGAUGGACAUCAGCUGGGAGCCCUUGCUGCCAGUGGAACACAACGGUCCAGGCCUGGAGUACAAGCUGAGUUACAGGAGGCUGGGGGUGGAGCGUGAGUGGAGGGAGCACCUGGUCAAGAGGCACUCCUUCUCCGUGAAGGACACACCCACGUUUGUCCCCUACGAGAUCAAGAUCCAGAGCAGGAACAGUCACGGCUGGGGCCCGGAACCAAAAGUGGUGACCGGGUACUCUGGGGAAGAUGUGCCGACAGCCGCCCCCAGAGACGUGGCGGUGGAGCUGGUUAACACCACGCUGCUCAGGGUCAGCUGGAGCAGGGUUCCCCAGGCAACCGUACGAGGCCACAUGGGGGGCUAUAAUGUUCACUGGACGAGGAGGUGGAGUCUCCUCCACCCUGACAGACUCCAGGAGGAGAAGUAUUCCCUCUCCUUCUCAGGGAACCGAAGCCACGCCCUGGUCCCUGGCCUGAGGCCCUACUCCGAGUACCGUCUGACCGUCAACGUGUUCAACAGGAAGGGCAACGGACCCAGCAGCGACCCCGUGACCUUCCAGACUCCAGAGGGAGUUCCUGAACAGGUGCCCAUUCUAACAGCAUCAAACGCCCAGAGUGACUCCAUCACCUUGGUGUGGGCUCCUCCCUUUGAGGCCCACGGGAUCCUGACAGGAUACCUGCUGCAGUACCAGCCUGUUAACGAGACUCUGGACGUGGGCGACCUGAGGGAGGUGAAGAUCAGUGGGUUGGACACCACCCAGUGGCUGCUCCGGGACCUCGAGAGGGCCAGCCUGUACCGCCUCCACCUCAGCGCCUGCACCCAGGCAGGCUGCGGACCUGCCCUGUCCCAGGAGGCCAGCACCCUGACCUCAGCACUGACGAACGGUUUUCCCAGCACCGUCCCUAUAACAGUCCCUCUGUCCAGACUAGGUGAAGGGAGCUGGCGUCUGUCCCAGGCCAUAAACGCUUCUAGGAGUUUCCACGUAAUUGAAGGGCUGGAACCAGGGACGUUGUACACUAUUCGCCUCAUGGUCAAGAGCUUGCUCGAUAAUGCUAGUAUUUUCGAAGACGUUAUCCAGACAAGGCUCAAAGGUUCAGCAGGUCUUCAGGAUGCCAUCUCCACCCAGGGCUGGUUCAUCGGGGUCAUGUGUGCCGUGGCCUUCCUCACCCUCGCCGCCCUCGCCGCCUGCUUCGUCCGCAGAAACAGAGGUGGCAAAUACGCAGGUACCCCACCUUCGCCUCUGCCAGACAUGCCCUCCAGCGACCCAGUGAAGGAAAAGGAGGAUCUCAACCCAGAUGAGGAGUCUCAGGGAGGAAAUGAGGACACCUGUGAAUACAGCGAUGAGGAGCCUUUGAAAGGUAGCCUGCGAUCUCUGGGCAGGGGCAGCGAGGACAGUCUGGUGGACUAUGCCGACGGGGAGGGAACCUUUGACGAAGACGGCUCCUUCAUCGGCAUGUACUCUGGGCACAAACAAAGAGGCUCCGUAGACGAUUCGGACGGAGCGGUCCCCGUCAGCACCUGAGGGCUACUGCUCCUCUGUCACGGACCCUCAGUCCUAACGCAGCGACUGGCUGCGCAGGAGAAUUAAUGGCGUCAUUUGAGUGAUGCAUGGAUUUAAUAAGAGGCGUUUGGUACCUAUCAAUCACAACCCCCUUUACAAAUGCUAGUGAUUUUCCUGUUUUUUUGGGUUCCUCUGCACUGUGAUGGAUUUGUCAACUAUCUGUUUGGAAUGUUCAGUCUUCCUCUGUGUGCACAACUACAUCUUCACUUUGGAAUGGGUUGAAAGAAAGGACUAGAAAUAUAUAUUUUUUGCAUAAUUUCUAUCCUCAAAUUCACAAAAACAAAGUGUAUAUUUGGAAUUAUUUAUCACAAUAGAACACAUAUAUAAUCACUCCAUAUGGCUGAUAUGCAAGACCCUAGUUCAGCAUUUCUGCUCUUUUUCACUGCUGUAUAAAGGUUGUGCCUAUUUUUAUAUAUUUCAUUUUCACUGUUAAUACUGUAUGUUGUGACUUUGUACAUAUUGUUGAAAUUACAAAUAACUUUUUCCUGUUCUAUAUGUAUACAUGUAAAUGUAUACAUGUAAAUUUAUACUAUCUGUAUACUGUGUGUAUAAAUCGGUUUUAUAUUAA